AUGCAUCUCAAGGUGGUGAUCUUUGCCCUGAUAUUCUUGACAACUUCAGCACAUCCACUCAGCCAUGACAGCACAAACAGGGAUGUAGCCUGGGCCAACCCAAAGGCCAACCAGGCUCAGGAAAAGGCAGAGCUCUCGAAGGAUGUGGAUAAGGCCUACAAGAGCCAUCUAGACAGUAGUGGUCUAUACAGUCAGGAAGAUGAUCACAGCAAAAACCCCAUGGUAGAGGACAUGCAGCGCAAACUCAACAAGGAGUCGGAGCGUCUGCGUGCCCGUCUGCGCCAAGAGCUAGCUGAGCUGAGGGAGCGUCUGUCCUCAUACCCAGUCCACCCCAGCUCCGCUCUGGUCAACCUGAGGGAGCGCUUGGCCCCCCUCACCCAGCAACUCCAGAGCUCCCUCAGCAGUAGCACCCAGGACCUGUGCAGCCAGCUUAACCUCUAUCUACAGGGUCUGGAGAUGGCAGCCCAGACGGACACCAGCCCAGCUUUGUACCGGGAAGCCUUCCAGUGGAUAAGUCAAACCCUGGAACACAGCGGAUCUAAACUGGCUGAUAUCAUCAGUGACUUCCAGACAAAAACCUCUGGGGUGAUUGAUCAUCUGAGGGAAAUCAGUGCAAAUGAAGGAGAGGGAGCCCAAGAAGGAGUCAAAUCACAGCUCUGGCAGGAAAUUAGCUCCAGAUUCACACAGGAAGUGAGUUUGUUGAGGCUGGAGGUGCAGAGCAAUGUGGGGGCUCUCAAAGCUGAGCUUGCUGCUCUGCUUGUCAGUGCAGAGCCUCUCAAGGCUGAAGUGGCAGCAAGUAUGGAUCGGUUCUGCCAAAGCGCUAUCCUGCAGAACCAGGCGCUGCAGGCCCGGAUUGAGAGACUGUUUCUGGAUCUGGAGGGAGAGCUGGAGCUCCAGGGAGCCUCCAGUCUGUCUCCCUCUUCCUCCUCCAGAGAGUCAGGUAGUGCUUUGCAGGAGGACUUCUCAGCCAGAUUCUCUGCUCUGAUUCAGGACAUUCUGCACUCAGUGCAGUGA